CUACCGUUUGCUUGGGAAGGAUCAUGCGUGGUUUACUGGAUUCAGAAUGACUGCGACUCUCCUGUCUAGACAGUCCAUCAUCUUUACAGAACCAUGCGCUGUGAAAAAUGCCACACAUUAGUUUCGUUAAGGGGGGAGAGGGGGGUUCCAAUCAUACUAUGAAGAUGAUUGUGACACAGCAACCAGGACUUGGUUAAAAUUUGCCGCCGAAUGGUUGCAACCAGCCCCCGCCUCGGUCUGCAUGUCUCCAGGCAUCGUCACUCACUCGCUCUAACUGAGAGCGCUGGGAAACGCUGGCAAAAAAUGGAGUCGAGGCUGCUCUUCGCUCGUGUGCCUCUGUUUACAAUAUGGCGACCUCCCUUGAAAAAAACCCGUUUUAUUUCAGCGCCAUUUUACUGACAUUUCUCUGGGCUUUAACAGGAAUAUAAUUAUGAUAAUACAGCUGAUCAAACGCGGUUAUAACACGAUUUGAGAUGAGCAUAUUAUUCUUUGUAUUUCGGGGACUCAUCCAUUCAGGUAUUUGCACCACACAGCUGUGCAAGAUCUGGCUAUCAAUCAUGUUGGUUGGUAGCUACAGUUCAGUGCAGGUUUUGGUUGGUAGCUAGGCUACAGUGCAAGGCUUUCCACCUACAAGACUGAGGAUAAUCUCGGUCUUUGCAAAUUGAACAUUUGCAUAUCCCCUUGGGUAGUCAUUGACGGUGAAAUUUGACAUGUGAUUUAAAUUACAUACUACAAUCACCUUGACAACUGCCUAUGCAGUAGCUGCAUAUUUGAGUAUUUUCUAGAUUAGAAACAUCUGAAAGCAUUCCAACAAUUCAUUAUGAUGGCAGCCUGUAUAAACUGGGUGAUAUAAUGUAGGUUAUGAGCAUCACAGCCAGGUGUUGUGUUUGAGACCGCCUAAAGCGAGACUAAUUGAAGGCCAUGGUUGUAAUUGUGUGAAAUCGCCAAGAUGAUAACAGUUCAAAAUGUUCUUUGUUCAAAUUUAAAGAACAUAUUGAUUCUUUAGACAUUCAGAAUGGUGAAACUAAAUGCAUGCUGAGGGCAAAUGGAGAGCCAUUCUGCAUAUURCCAGUAACCCAUGUCUAUAAUAGAUAAAAAUACAAAAGUAUGUUACAACUUCCCCUGGUCUCCCCUUACUAACAGUAAGCAUGCCACUUUCAAAUAAUUUCCCUCACUCUUCCCUCCUAAGGAAAUUCUGACGAGCGUGACAAAGCUGAAAAUAAAGGACACUAAUGUUACCAGUAAAGUAGGAAGCCCAGGUUUCAAUAGGCAAUAAGAAAUUGAUGUGAAAGGAGUGUCGGUAUUUGGCCUGGCGAAGUGGCUUUAUGCGUUGACUGAAUGGGAGUUGGUAAUUUAGGAGUUUUUUUUUCUUCUCUACUGGUCUCGAAGAAAUUGAGCCCUCAUUGUCAGAGACUGAGUAAAAAUGUAUCUGACACCGGUCUCGAAUACAACAUGGUUGUGGGCCAUAUUAGUAGUGCUUACUUUUCCAGGCGUUAGUGAUUUAAAACUUAAAGUAAAAACUGUGUUCAAUAUUGACUGUCUUCUCUUGUUUGGGCAUGCCAGGCAGUGUCACAUUAAUCCCACUAGAUGGAGACAGGCAUUUGGAAAAGAAGCCAUUCUAACAGUAAACACUCAAGCCUGAAAGUAGGGUUUGGCAUUCAGUGUUAAAAUGUGUAUUUUGGUGUGCUUUACACAUUGUUGUCAUAUUUCAAAACAGACCUAUUCCAGCACAGGUCAAUUACAUCAUCACUCCCCUACACCCCUAUUAUAGCCUAUGCCUCAAAAGUGCAUAUUUUAUAUUUAUUUAACUAGGCAAGUCGGUUAAGAACAAAUUCUUAUUUACAAUGACGGCCAAACCCGGACAACGCUGGGCCAAUUGUGCGCGACCCUAUAGGACUCCCAAUCACGGCCCGUUGUGAUACACCAUUGGUCAGAGCAUCCAGGCUGUAUUUAACCCACCAUUGAGUGAAGAAAUGCUGCCCCCUGGUGACUGGAUGUGUCAUCGCUGCAAUGUCCGUAGAAAGAAGCGGGAGCAGAAGGCUGAGCGGACAAAUGGCCUGCUGGAGAGGGAGAGGCUCCUCUCCAAGCGCUCCUCCCCUGCAGCUGAACUGGAGCGGGGUACCACCACUAUUACCACCACCACGCUGCGUCUGGACAGGCUACCACCCGGGGUCGGAGCAGCUGGACCCGGCCUGCGGGUGGCUGCCGUGCAUCUCGAGCGUCUGGAGCGCCUUGAGCGGCGUGCCAGCAGCCGUCCUGGCACUCCCACUUCCAACACCUCUUCCACGGACACGGACACCCCCUCGGAGGAGCAGAACGAGGCAGACGAGGAGAUGGCCAAGGCAGAGGAGGAGGUGGAGGCCCAGGGCUCAGAAUCUGAGCAAGCCACCACUACCCCUACCCCCACACCACGGCUCCUCAAGAGGCCCUUCCAGCUGCUCAUCGCCGCCGCCAUGGAGCGGAACCCCUCGCAGUUCCAGCUGCCCAACGAACUCACCUGCACCACAGCACUGCCAGGCAGCAGUAAACGGAGGAGGAAAGAGGAGCUGAUCAUGAAGACUUUCAGAAGGCCACAGCAUGAGAUGGACCCCAACGGCCUCGUUCCUCUGCCAGUCAGGGUGUGCUUCUCCUGCACCAGGAGCUGCAGAAUGGCGCCCCUGGUUCAGUGUGACUAUUGCCCCCUGCUCUUCCACAUGGACUGCCUGGACCCCCCACUUACUGCCAUGCCCACAGGCAGGUGGAUGUGCCCCAACCAUAUGGAGCACUUGGUGCUGAACCAGAGGAGCCUGUCCCUUACCAGUCGCUGCCAGCUCUUAGACCAGUUCCAGGAUAGGAUAUCCCAGCAUGCCGUCAAGGUGGGCUUCCUGCGACGGGUCCACCGACAGAACCCCCCUGUCCGCAGCGGUGUCCACCACAAAACGAAGGCGCUCAAGGUGCCUGACGCUAUUAAAUCCCAGUACAAGAACCCCCCGGCCAUUUUGGCUCCUGCAGGGGUGCGUAACGGGGAGCUGAUCUGUAAUGGUGUCCCAUCCCAGGACUGCUCCCCUCAGCAUUUUACCAGCCAGGCGGAGCAACAGGAGUGGCUUCGAGACGUCAUCUCGCUGCAGUGCAGCAUCAUGCGACAUUUAUCUGGCAAGCAGAAGUCCUCGUCAGACUGGCACUCUGAACAGACAAACAAGGAACAGAAAGACAUUAAGCCCUGUGUAGCCCUAGAGGAGAACAGCUCUCUGCCCCUUGCAGAAAGGACAGCUUCAGCCCUGCCUGCCCCCUGCUCUAAGCCCUGCAGUACAUCUGAUGGCCCCCAGGGGGCCCAGGUACUGAAGGGUCUCUCGCAAGGCCAGGAGAGCUGCAGCUGCCCGGUGAGGCCCUGUCAGAACUGUCUAAAGUGCAGGAAACCCAACGGGCCCCUGACUGAGCAGCCUGUGCAAGCCAACGGACCGGUAGUGUGUAACACUGCCUCUGAGGCCUGCAAACAGACAGAGCUCCAGCUGCACAGACUCACCCCCCCAGCCCCACUCCCAACCUCUGCUCUGGGGCUGCCAAACCACCUGAGAGGAGGGCUGGAGGUUAAAACUGGGAAGGGCAGCCACCUAGAGUCUUGCACCCAGAAAGGUUGUCCACCUUCCUCUUUGACGUGUGCAGCCACAGGGCAGGACAUAAAGAGCCAGGCCCACGGGACUCCUCCAGGCAUGGCAGGGACUCAGGCCAACCCUCUGAGCUGCUGCAGUGAGCUGAAGCUCUGCCCCACCCCCACCCCAGGUGUCCAUGUCUUCACCCCACCCAGAGCCAUCAAAGACUCCAGCACAGCAAGACAGCCUACCACCACACCUCCCGGUUUCUCCCCAGGGACAGAUCUUAAGGGCAGCUCCAUGUUCCCCAGCUCUCUCUUCCCCUUAAUAGCAGACCUGUCUGGUGGCAUGAAGGCUGUGAUGGAAGGGGAUGGAGAGAUCGAACUGAGUAAACUGGAUGAGGAGUUGGUCAAACUCCUGGCCUGGCAGAGGAUACAGCAGCUGUUCCCCCACAAAGCACCCCCAGUCCCCCAAGGCAGCUGUGUAACCGCUUCCCCUCUUCCCACCACCACCGUCGCCCUCAAACCUCAAUCUCCCGCGCCGUGCACAGAGGAAGAACAGAAGGUGCAGGCGAGAGCAACGUUCUAUCCACUCAUGGGGAAGGGAGGAGCCAUCAACAUGUCUUAUAGGACCCUGUACAUAGGAGCUGGUGCUGACAUGGAUGUGUGCCUUACAAACUAUGGUCAUUGUAAUUAUGUAUCUGGAAAACACGCCUGCAUCUUUUAUGACGGGAACACCAAGCACUACGAGCUGCUCAACUACAGUGAGCAUGGGACCACGGUGGACAAUGUACUCUACUCCUGUGACUUCUCUGAGAAGGCAUCCCCCAGCCCGGUUAGUGGCCUGGUCUCCAAAGUGCAGGGCAUUGUCCGCCAUUGUAAGAUGAGAGAGCAGGAGGAGGGGGCUGAGGCAGUACCCAGCCCCAGGACUGGCCUGAUUCCAUCAGGGGGAGUGAUGAGUUGCCAGCCCCAGGGAGGACCCAGGCUCUCCUGCAACUGUAAGGCCAGCAGUUCCAGCCUGAUCGGUGGCAGUGGGGCCGGCUGGGAGGGCACAGCGCUGCUCCACCAUGGCAGCUACAUCAAACUGGGCUGCAUGCAGUUUGUCUUCAGCAUUGUUGAGUUCGCCAGUAAGCAGUCCAAAGAAGAGGGAAACACUGGCACUGCCAAUACCACCCCCGCCAAUACCACCCCCAACCAAGAGGGGGCAGACAAACAGACUAUCAAACUCCACCAAUUGCAACUCUGUGCCAAAGCCCAAACUCUCCCUUUCUCAUCUAUUCCCAGUCAAACCUAAGGGAAGCCUAAGGGGAGCCGGUUGUUACACAGGGAAAAUAUAUAUUUUAAUUUAUUUUGUUUAUACAUUUGCAUGAAAUUAAGUAUUAUCUCAAAUCUGUUUAUUUAGAUUGACUGACUGAAAAGUAUUUGUCACUUAUUUUUGCCAGUCUAGUUAUACAUACAUAUACAGUACCAGUCAAAAGUUUGGACACCUCAUUACAGAGUUUUUCUUUAUUUGUACUAUUUUC